ACAGCUGAGUAACCAAACGCUGACUGAUUAAAUUAUGGAAGUGAAAUCAAAAGUUAAUGUAUUAACCAAUUAACCAAAUAGAAAAGGCAGAUUAAGCUGAACCCAUAAGACAACAGGGAAUUCAAGUUCAAGAUGCCAGCUAAAGGAGGACGAAAAGGAGAAGUCAAGGAAGAGGAAAAAGUACCUCAACUCAGGGGUGUUUUUGUAUUUCCAAAUGGAGACAGAUAUGAGGGUGAUUAUGUGAAGACCGACGACGGAGCCAUAGAGCGCAACGGCCACGGAUUGCACAUCACACCCGAUGGGCUGUGUUAUGAUGGAGAAUGGGCCGGUGAUAAGAUGAACGGACAAGGAAAACUAACGCAUCCCAGUGGAAGCGUCUAUGAAGGAGAGUUUGUCAAUAACCAGUUUCACGGCAAGGGAAGAUACACAUUCGCCAACAAGGCUGUGUUUGAUGGCGAGUUCAAUGAAAAUAAAAUGGAAGGCGAUGGGCAAUUUACAGAUACGGACAAACAAGUCUGGUUUGGUGCUUUCCACUGUAAAGCAGCUCCGGGACUGAAAUUCAAACUGUCAAUGUGAACGGGACAUCACACAGCCAUUGUGCCAUGGACUUUAUGUGGACAGGACAACAGGCUGCGUACAUUUAGAUGACUUGAGAAUGUCCGAGUUUCAAACUGCCAUUGUGCUUUUGAGCAGGCUUUCUUACCUGAAGAAGAGGGUGUCUGGCAUCCAUCUUUUCAUUGGCUUUGGAAUGCAAUAUUACAAACUGCAUAUCCGUUCUAUUGCUGAAACUAAAUGUUGCCAAGGAAAUUUGCUUAUAUGAACUCCUGAAGGACCUCCAGAUUCAGACAAUCACUGGAAGAAAGAUGCUCAUAAUGAAGGAUCAUCAGUUAGAAGAGAUACUGAAGCUCUUGGUCAAAGACAAUAAUAAUACACACCUGGGUCCCGUUGCAUAAAAGCUAUUGUUAUGGUAACUUUGCCAUCCAAUGAUAACGUUCAUGGAAUCCUUGAUUUUAAUUGGCCGUUGAUCAGCGUCACCAUGGGAAUAACUUUUAUGCAAAAGGGCCCUGGAUCCCUGUUUCACAAAGACUCAUCAAUGGUAAUCGUAAUCGCAAUCAAGAUUUCUAUGGUAGUUACCAUAAUGGCAAAGUUACGAUAGUUGCAAGUCUUUAUGAAACGGGGACCCCUGGGUGGUGUUUCAUAAUGCUCUUGAUAGGUUACGAUUGAGAUGUUCCUUGGCUAAAUCGACCUUUUUUUAUAUGUUCAUCAGCUACAGUCAUCCUUGUAGAUUAGAAUUGUUUAACUUGCAUCCAGAUGAAAAAAGUUUAAUUGGGGUAAAAAAAAAACAAUAUGUUAAAACUUGACUUCUGGGGUAUCACAUUUUACAUGAGAGAGGAUCCCAGUUAUGCGUGAAGUUGGGCGUAACUUAUUAAAAGCAUUAUGAGACAGCCCCUCUGGGUGUUUUAAAGUGAGAUCAGCUGGUCUUACAAUCACAUGAUAUCCAAGUAUUUUGCAAUAAAUUACUACAUUGGUCAGACCAUGUCCAUCAUUUUGGUUUAAUUGAAUACUCUUAUGAGGCAAAAACACUGGCAAAAAUAUCAUUUUGAAUGUGCAAAUCCAGUGUGAUAGAAUAUUUUUGACAAA